CACUUCCCACUCUGCGGCUUAGCACUGGGCCGAACCUUCUUAAUGCAAUGGGUGCUCCCCAAUCAGGACUGACUGGCUAACAUCCGGUUAUAUAAUAGUGGCUGAUUUUCCUCCUUGGAUUGUACCAUUUCUUGGUCCAUCCCCACCCUCACCCACCUGUCCAUUCAUGAACUUUUAGUUCUGACCCUUUUCCUGAACUUAAUACACCCAGAGGUCUCAAACUUUCUCCUCAGAAUGUUCUGCAGGCAUGCCAUUUGCUGUGGAUCACACCCAGCUUUUUUCUGUUGAAAUGGGGUUACCUUUUUUAAAACCUAGACUGGCCUCCUAACUGCAAUUUUCUGGAUCUUGGUUUCUGGGGAAACUAGGAUGACAGAUGGGAGCCACCUGCUCCCUACCCAGGUCACACUUUGGCUCACUGGCUUUUUCUAGGGGCUUCCCUGGCCAGCCUACUGCAGCUUGCAGUGACAUAGGCACGAUGAUCUUUACUUCCUGCAGAAGGCAAUACGGAAGACCAGGGGUCUCAAAACUAGGACUAGACCUGGGGAGAAAAGACAUGCCUUUCCCGAGAAGCGAACACAGAUUUGGUCCCAUGUCCUCUAUCCCAGAAGAAUCCUGCCUUACCAAACACCCGGGCCAAUACUUUCUGCUUGGGAGACCCUGGACGAGUCCGUGGACUCGGGAGUGGCAUUCCCAUCUGUGGCUAGGAGAGCUGCUGGCAGGGUUGGACGAGCUAUCUUGUUUUUGUGUCUGUUUUUACUGGAUGGCAGACAUGGCAGAGCCAGGAGUAAAGGAGGUAGCCGUGUGUGUGUGUGGGGGGGGGCACUGCCUGGUGGGACCCGGCUUGCUGAGGAGAGACUCUGAAGAAGGAAGGGUAGGCCACAAUAAUGGCUAGAUCGACACCUGGCCGCUCAGCCCGAGGCUUCUGGAAACCCAGUCCCAUCUACUCCACAGAAGGGGUAGGAGUCACCUGGCACUUUCCAAGCCACAGGAAGGCAAGCCGAAAGCUUCCGCUAGCGCCACGAGCAGGCUUUCCCGGGAGAAAGGGCCGGCGAGCAAUCUUCCCAGGGAUUAGUCCCCACUUGGAGAUGGAGGUGCUUCAGGCACCCCUAGCGCCUGGGCGGAGCUCGGCUCCAGAUGUCCUGGCGCCCACAGCUGGAAGGUCACGUGGCACUGCCCCCCCUCUUCUUGCCAACUCUGCAUUUGGCCCAGGCCCCGCCCGUGGCUGCCCUUGGGACCCUGCACCGAGCCCGCGGCCCCGACAUCGGGGUGCUACUCCUCGGAUCUGGGAUCGAGCGUGAGUGUCGGGAUCCCUAGGACAGAAGCCCGGGACGGGGAAGGGAAAGCGGAGCGGGAUUCGGCUGCAGCGCGGGGGCCGGGGGCCGAGCCGAGGCUCCGGUCUCGGCGGCUGCGGGCCACCAGCCUAGGCCCCAGCCGAGGGGCUCGGAGUCGGCCGCCAGGGGUGACCGAGGCGUCCGGCUGUGGCCCAGGCAGUGCGUUAGGACCCCGGCGCGGAGGCUGCCCGCAGGGGAUGGACCGCCGCUAGGCUGGCCCGAGGCCGGGGCGUGGCCUCCGGUCUCCUCCUUUGGGGAGGGCGGGACCCCCGCCACCGCCGCGGGGGCCCCCUCGGCGACCCCGGCGAGGGAGCGCGGGCGCAGGCCUAGCGGACAUGAGGACGAGGCUGCGCCUCCGCCGGGACGCGUCCGUGACGCUGCUCCUCGGGGCCAGCCUGGGCCUCCUGCUCUACUCGCAGCGCGACGGGGCGGCCCCGACCACCAGCCGGUCGCCAGCGCCGGGGCCGGCGGCCCCGAGGCCCACCCCGGGGCCUCGCAGGUUCCAGGCCCCCGACGUAGCCCCGCCGGCCUACGAAGGGGACACGCCCGUGCCCCCCACGCCCACCGGCCCUUUUGACUUCGGCCGCUACCUGCGGGCCAAGGACCAGCGGCGCUUCCCGCUGCUCAUCAACCAGCCGCGCAAGUGCCGCGGCCGCCAGCCGGAUCUGCUCGUCGCCGUCAAGUCGGUGGCCGCCGACUUCGAGCGGCGCCAGGCGGUGCGCCAGACGUGGGGUGCCGAGGGCCGCGUGCAGGGGGCGCUGGUGCGCCGCGUGUUUCUGCUGGGCGUGCCCAGGGGCGCAGGCGGCGAGCGGGGGGACGCGGGCACGCCGACGCACUGGCGCGCCCUGCUGAGAGCCGAGAGCCUGGUCUACCGAGACAUCUUGCUCUGGGCUUUCGACGACACCUUCUUCAACCUGACGCUCAAGGAGAUCCACUUUCUGAACUGGGCCUCGGCCUUCUGCCCCGACGCGCGCUUCAUCUUCAAGGGCGACGCCGAUGUGUUCGUGCACUUGGGGAACCUGCUGCAGUUCCUGGCGCCGCGGGAUCCCGCCCGGGACCUGCUGGCGGGCGACGUGAUCGUGCAGGCGCGGCCAAUCCGAGCGAGGGCCAGCAAGUACUACAUCCCCGAGGCCGUGUACGGCCUGCCCGCCUAUCCCGCCUACGCGGGCGGAGGGGGCUUCGUGCUCUCCAGGGCCACGCUGCGCCGCCUGGCCGCUGCCUGCGCGCAGGUGGAGCUCUUUCCCAUCGAUGAUGUCUUUCUAGGCAUGUGUCUGCAGCGCCUGCGGCUCACACCUGAGCCUCACCCGGCUUUCCGGACCUUUGGCAUCUCCCAGCCUUCAGCUGCGCCGCACUUGCGCACCUUUGACCCCUGCUUCUACCGCGAACUGGUGGUCGUGCACGGGCUCUCCGCCUCUGACAUCUGGCUUAUGUGGCACCUGCUGCACCGACCACACGGGCCAGUCUGUGCACGUCCCCAGCCCGUGGCUGCCGUCUCCUUUCAAUGGAGCUCUUAGUGUCAAGUUUUUCCUCACUCCGCCUCAAGAUGGAGCCAGAGGGCAGCUUAGAGAGGUUUCCAAUACUGUUUGAUUAUGGGGUGUGUGUGGUCCCGCCUUCCCCCGCUCCCCCAGCCCAUCGGGUGUCUGCUUCAGAAGGAUCCCAGAGAAUGGAGAUGGAGCUUGGCUCCUGCUGGCUCCCACUAUCAACUGCAGGUCUGAAGCCAGUAGAAGAGUGACCCACUGACAUAGUCAGAGCCCAGGUGGUGGAAAACCAUGUUUUGUCCCACAGGCCCCAGAGAAGUAUGUUAGGCCUCCUAGUAGCAAAUAUCAGUACCAUGGUGGUGUGUAGGUGUGAUUAGAACCCUUGGGUCAGUAUAAACAAAUGGAAAUAUCAAGGCCAGACCUCAGGCCUUGUGGACUAUCGUGGCAGGCAGUGAGCUAGGACUAUUCAAAAGUAGACAUUUUGCUUCCUAUCUGCUCAUCCAAAUUGGCCUAGGGCCACCUUUGUCCUGUCCACUUUACUUUUCUAGAGCCAACCUCUCCUGUGCCCCAGUCUGCCUGGAACACUAGGAUGGAGCCAAGUACAGGGAGAACUAUCAUCAUCCUACCUAAGGUCUGCCUACCUCCUAUAGCACCCAUACAAUUAUGCCAAUAUCCUGAUAGCUGUCGCAAUCAUUUUAGAGGAAUUGGGGAGCCCUUCUAAGAUUCCUCCACUACAAAUUCAUGCUCCUCAACCAUCCCUCCUUCAAAAACCAGUACUUCACACUGAUCUUAGUACAAACAUCUCAGCAGCAGCACACGGUGGGCCAUUGCUGAG